CCCCUGGGUGGGGUGUCCCCUGGUCGGGGUGUCCUUCAGUUGGGGUGUUCUCUUGUCAGAGUGUCCCUUCCUUGGGGUGUCCCUUCCUUGGGGUGUCCCUCGGGUGUGAUGUCCCCAUGUUGGGCUGUCCCCUCGUCGAGCUGUCCCAUUGUUGAGCUGUCCCAUUGUUGAGCUGUCCCCAUGUCAGGGUGUCCCCAUGGCAGUGCUGUCCCCCCCCCAGUCAGGCUGUGAUCCCCCCCCCAUUAAUCCCGCUCUUCCCCCCACAGAACCGGAACCGGUCCAGGCACAGCAGAGCAAGACAGGGAAAUACGUCCCGCCCAGCCUGCGGGACGGGGCCAGCCGGCGUGGGGAGUCCAUGCAGCCCAACCGGCGGGCUGAUGACAAUGCCACCAUCCGUGUCACCAACCUGUCUGAGGACACCCGUGAGACCGACCUGCAGGAGCUGUUCCGGCCCUUCGGCUCCAUCUCCCGCAUCUACCUGGCCAAGGACAAAACCACGGGGCAGUCCAAGGUGGGCCAAAGCCCCCUUAUUUUCU